AUGGUGGCGAAGCUAAUGAUCCUGUUCCUCCUUUGUCACGCUGCAUCUGCAGGUAAGAUAGUGAGCCAUAUGCUGAAGUAUUUUGGCACUGGAACCUCUGGAAACCCAGACAUCGCAGAAUUUAUGUUUGUUUUAGAAGUUGAUGACACAGAGGUGCUUUAUUGUGACGCCAGCAAGAAGAUAGUAGAACCAAGACAGGACGGUGUGAAAAAAAUGCUUGAUGACAACCCUGGCGCACUGGGGGAGUACACUCAACAGUGUUUUGAGCAUCAGCCAGGCAUUUACCAAAACUCGAUUUCUAAUUUAAAGCAGCUGUUAAACCAAAGUGGAGGUGUUCACAUUUUACAGUGUAUGAUUGGCUCUGAAAUGAAUGAAAACUCUGGAGAGGUAAAAGGUUUUUUACAGUUAGGUUACAAUGGAGAAGGCUAUUUGGAAUUUGAUCUAAAGACAAUGACAUGGAUCCCACUGAAACCAGAGUUUAACAUUGUCAAACAGACAAUGGAUGGUGACAGAAAUCUAAUUAAUUACCUUGGAAACCUCUUCGGUACAAUUUUUCUAGAGAGAUUGAAGAUGUUCUUGGAUUAUGGGAGCAGCUCCUUGAACAAAACAGUUCUUCCCCCAAUGUCUCUCCUCCAGAAGACUCCCUCCUCUCCAGUCAGCUGCCAUGCUACAGGUUUCUACCCUGACAGAGCUGCUUUCUGGAGGAAAGAUGGAGUGGAGAUUCAUGAAGGUGUGGAUCCUGGAGAGAUCCUCCCCAACAAUGAUGAGACCUUCCAGAUGAGUGUUGAUCUCAAUAUUUCAUCAGUCACACCUGAAGACUGGAGGCGAUACGACUGUGUGUUUCAGCUCUCUGGUGUGAGCGAGGACAUCAUCAUCAAACUGAAUAAAACAAUUAUCAAAACGAACUUGGUGAACAACAAAACACAUAUUGAUGCAGAGUUGCCCAUCAUUAUUGCAGCCUUUGUUCUUGUUUUGAUCAUCAUUGUUGCCAUUGGAAUUGUUGCUUACAAAAAAAAGAAAGAGAUCUGGUACAGAAUCACCGGACUCAGCACAGAGAUUGGCUACAGAAUCACCAGACUCUGCACAGAAAUUGGCUACAGAAUCACCGGACUCUGCACAGAGAUCUGGUACAGAAUCACCGGACUCAGCACAGAGAUUGGCUACAGAAUCACCAGACUCAGCACAGAGAUUGGCUACAGAAUCACCAGACUCUGCACAGAAAUUGGCUACAGAAUCACCGGACUCUGCACAGAGAUCUGUGGUUCAAAUGGUGGCUUUGAAACUGCCAUCAGCACCAGGGAUAAAUCCCACGUGCGGAGUCUCCUGGUCCCUCAGGGAGAAAUACAGUGGACACUGAGCAUUCUCCCUCGAGGCAAACAGAUCGACCUGUGGCUGGCCAAAGCGGGUCCAGAUUUGGGUCACCACAUGUGGGUGCAGGGUCCAGUCCCCGUACUGCGGGUUUCCCCUGGACAUUAA